GCCCUGAAAGGAACUGUAUUUACUUGGAUACUUGCCAGACUCUCAGCAGUUAUUUUGUUCCGAUAUACGUACUUAUAUUUUCAAAGAUGGCGUGGACACAAAAACAAUUAAUGAUAGCAUUUUUGAUGGUUUUUACGGGUUCCAUAAAUACAUUAUCAACCAAAUGGGCAGACACGAUGAAAGCAAGUCACAAAAAUGGUGAAGAGGACAGUUUCAAUCAUCCGUUCUUUCAAGCAGAUGGCAUGUUCUUAGGUGAAAUAUUAUGUAUGGUGACGUUUUAUGUUCUACGUUGUAUUACUCGACGACAGAGGCAGGAACAAGUUGAAAUGUCACCAAGUAGUCAAGAGGCUGGUCAGUUUCCCAAGUAUAUAUUCUUCGUUCCAGCUAUGUGUGACAUGUUAGCCACAUCAACCAUGUAUCUGGGCUUGACCUUGACAUAUGCCAGUUCAUUUCAGAUGUUGAGAGGACCUCGAGCUCCUCCUUUUUACUGUCUUAAGGGCCCCAGUACUUGGCUUGACAACCUGAUUUAUAAAUAA